AUGGAUUCCAACCAGAACGCCAAGUUCCCUCUGCACGAGGCUGCCCGUGAGGGUAAUGUUCAGCUUGCCGAAUCCCUUCUUAACGCCAACCCGAAGUCUGCGUUUGCCAAGGAUGACGAUGAUCGUCUUCCCAUCCAUUGGGCAGUGGCCUACAAUCGGCUACCUAUUGUGGAAAUGCUGGUCGCCAGCACGCAUUUCGAUCCUGAUGUUGAAGAUGGGUCUGGUUGGACUCCGCUCAUGAUUGCUGCCAGCCUCAAGGACGCGGAAGGUGAUAAAAUCAUCGAUUUGCUCCUACGCCGAGGCUCCGACGUUAGCGUCAAGAGCAAUUCCGGUCAGAACGCUCUGCACUUUGCGAGCUCCAAAUCCAACAUUUCUACAGUCCGGAGCUUGCUCGCGCAUAAAUGUAGCGCCCGGGUAAAAGACAUCCGUGGCCAAUUACCUCUGCACCGAGCGGCAGCGGUGGGGUCUGUUCCUAUUAUCAAGAUGCUGUUGGAGGAAGGCAAGAGUCCCGUCAAUGCGACGGAUAACGAUGGACUAACGGCCUUGCAUCAUGCCAUCUCAGAGGGCCACGGCGAUGCUGCGAUCCUGCUGUUAAAGUCCGGUGCGGAAGCAGAAAAGCGCGAUGGCGAUGGACGGCUGGCUAUUGAGCUGGUCCCGGAUGAUAAGUUUGUCUUCUCCACCAUCAGGUCAAACAGUACAUUCUGCAAACCGCAGAAAGAGAGGGAAUCGAGUUGCCAUGAUACAAGGUACAUGCUCACCGACUUCCCCGCAGAAGCAACGAAUUAA